CCUGGGUCAGAGCUGGGCAAGGGUGGGCAGGGCUGGGCUGGGGUCUGGGCAGGCUCAGGGCCCAGGGUUAGGAGGAGGUGGUGCUGGGACGUGUGAGGGGGCGUCAGGGUGGGGACAGGGGCAGGACCCGGGAUCCGCACGGGGUCAGGGCGUAGGGUCAGGUCGGGUCGGGUCAGACUGGGGUCAGCAGCCCUGGGUAUGGGUACAGAGGGACCAACACCCCGCGGCCGAGGCUGGCUGGCGGCCCUGCUCUGGCUCCUGUUCCCGCCCGCAGGCAUGCGAGGGUCCUGGCCGGUGGCCUCCCGUGCCCUGGCCCCCGCUCCGGAAGAGGCCAAUUCAGAGGAGCCGGGGCGGCCAGAGGGCGGAGCACAGCGGUUGGCGCCCGAAGCUGUGUGUGGGAGGCCCAAAGUGACGGGGAGGAUCUACGGUGGCCGGGAUGUGGCGGCUGGCCGGUGGCCGUGGCAGGCCAGCCUGCUGCACAAGCGCAUGCACAUCUGCGGAGCUGUCCUCAUCGACCCCCUCUGGCUGCUUUCCGCUGCCCACUGCUUUCUCAACAAAUCCCAUGCCCCCGCGGACUACCAGGUGCUGUUGGGAAGCACGCAGCUCUACCAGCACACCCAGCACACACGGGAGAUGCCCCUGAGCCAGAUUAUCGUGCACCCAGACUUUGAGAAGCGUCACCCCUUUGGGAGCGACAUAGCCAUGCUGCAGCUGCACCUGCCCGUGAACCUCACCUCCUCCAUCGCCCCUGCCUGCCUCCCGAGCCCUGGCAUGCAGCUGUCCGGCAACUUGUCCUGCUGGAUCACCGGCUGGGGGAUGCUCAGCGAGGACAAGCACCUGCACUCGCCCUUCCAUCUGCAGGAGGGUAAGGUGAACCUCGUGGAGAACGAGUUCUGUAACGUCUUAUACAGACAGAGACUCAGCAACAGCAAGAGCCACUCCGUGCGAGAGGAGAUGCUGUGCGCUGGGGACUUCUCAACGGGAAGGGCCAUCUGCCAGGGUGAUUCCGGGGGUCCCCUCGUCUGUGACCUCCCCAUGGCCUGGGUUCUGGUGGGACUGGCCAGCUGGGGCUUGGACUGCUGGCACCCUGUCUACCCCAGCGUCUUCACCAGGGUCAACUACUUCACCGACUGGAUCAACAAGAUCCGGAGGCUCACCCCUCUGCCUGAUCCCACAUCUGCUCCUCAGAUCCGGGUUCCAGAUCAGCCUCUGCAGGCCACAGGCUCCUCCAGCAGCGGCACAGCCCUCAUACCUCCCCAGACUUGGCUCCUGCUGCUCUUUGCACUCAGGGACUCACGGCAGGCCCUGCGGUGACCCACCGAGCCCCUCUGUCCUGCUCUCUGCCUCCAGCCCCAGUCUGCUUGCUGGAACCUUCCACACCUCCCCUCCCCCAACCCCACUGGCUCUCAGUGGUCCCUCCAAGACUUUCCUGUCCAUCAGCUUCCACCCCCAAGCCAAGCCUGAAAAACCAAAACAGA